GCGAAGUCGCAGCGCCGUUUCAGUCCCAGUACGGACUUGGCAUUUGCUGACGACGCUGACUAAAGCAAUACUCGAUACUCUAUACCCUAGACACCACUAGCCCGUGACGCAAUGACCUCCUCUCUCCGCCCUCCCAUUAUGACGGGAAGCCUCCUUCUGCUCCUGCUCCUGGGCCUGCUGAGCCUCCGGAUGCCCACGGUGGCCGCCAUCGACUGCUACGUGUGCGACACGAGCGACACACAGCAGCCGUUCCAGUGCGGCGAGUGGUUCGAGCGUUACGACGAGCCGGACAUCCAGCCCCAGAACUGCUCCAGCGUCCAUGGCGCCCAGUUUUGCGUGAAGCACGUGGGCCGCUUCGAGGGCGGUAUCGGGGCCAAGCGGUUCUGCAGCUCCAAGGAUCUGGGCAACUACUGCGACUAUGUGCGGAACAAGGGUGACCGCAUGGACUAUCGUAGCUGCAUCUACACGUGCGACACGGACGGUUGCAAUGGGGCCGCUGCGGUGGGCAACGGUAUGUGGGGUGUGGCCGCCGCAGCAGCAGCAGCGGCGCUGCUCCCUCUCACUUCAUGGGCGCGGUGAGAGAGAUGGAGCGAGAGCGUGAGAGCGGGACAAUCAAUAAACAAAGCUUUGUAAACAACGCACACUGAAGCCGCCGCAUCACAAUAAUUUUUUUUUUUCGUAGCCCUUAAGCCUCUGUUAAUUGUAAGUUGUAAUAAAGAAACUGACACAAGCAAACACA